AUGUCAGCAGGGGUGGGCACAUUCCGCCAGGUCUCUGAGGAGGAGGGCAGGCUGCGAGCCCAGCUGGAACGGCUGACUCCCCGGGACCACGGGCCAGUCUUCGGCAAGGGCUGGCAAGUGCCCCCCCACACCAGGCAGAAGGCCAAGGAUGAGCUGAACGAGACAGAAGAGUCCCGGGCCGAGGCGGUGCGGAAGCUGCAGGAGCUGGUGUGGGAACGGGCUAGUGGGGGGCAGGACAUGGGCCAGGAGGUGGCGGAGAAGGUACGGGACAAGGACGGUGCCUUUUUCCUCCGCUUUAUCCGUGCCCGCAAGUUUGACGUCGGCCGGGCCUACGAGCUGCUCACAGGCUACGUGAACUUCCGGAAGCAGUACCCCGAGCUCUUCGACAACCUGAGCCCCGAGGCGGUGCGCAGCACCAUCGAGGCUGGCUACCCCGGGGUCCUGCCCAAACGAGACAAGAACGGUCGGGUCGUGCUACUCUUCAACAUCGAGAACUGGGACUGUGAGGACAUCACCUUUGAUGAGAUUCUGCGGGCAUACUGCGUCCUUCUGGAAAGGCUGUUGGACAAUGAGGAGACCCAGAUUAACGGCUUCUGCAUCGUCGAGAACUUCAAGGGUUUCACCUUGCAGCAGGCGGCCGGCAUCAAAACUUCGGAGCUGAGGAAGAUGGUAGAUAUGCUCCAGGACUCGUUCCCGGCCCGGUUCAAAGCCAUCCACUUCAUCCACCAGCCAUGGUACUUCACGACCACCUACAGCGUGGUCAAGCCCUUCCUGAAGAACAAGCUGUUGGAGAGGGUUUUCAUCCAUGGAGACGAGCUGGGAGAUUUCUUCCAGGAGAUCGAUGCAGACAUCCUGCCGGCUGACUUCGGCGGGAACCGGCCCAAGUACGAUGGGAGAGUCACAGCCGAGCUGCUCUUUGGCCCCCACCCCGAGGCUGAGGACACGGCCCUCUGA